AUAGCUUUGAGUGCAAGGCAAUAUCGCUCUUAAAACUAUCUUGUUUACGUCUAUAAUCGUUUUAAACAAGUUUCAAUAGUGCUGUCUAUGUGUGGGUGAUAGAUGUUGACAACAUUUUUUGUAAAUUACAAGUGAUUUUAUAGAUUUUUCCAUCAAAAAAACUAUAAUAGGAUUGCAGAUAAAUAUAACCUUGAAUCUCUUCUAGUACAAAGUUUUGAAAAUGUUCUACAUAGUACUGCUAUUCGCCGCUGCGGCGCUAGUGGGUGGGGGCCGCUCUUCAAAUGUCAACCGACACAUGAAGUUGCUGGAAUUGGAUAAUAAUCUUCUUAAUUUACAAUCAAGACAGGCGUCAAAGAAAUUUCUAGCUAUAAUAGACAAACCAAAACCUGUGAUCGUCCAUACAAAUGGAGCGCCGCUGGAGUUGAACUGCGAAGCUGUAGGUACUCCAGCGCCAUCUAUACAUUGGUUUAAAAACGACGCUCCCGUUUACGAGUAUGAUUUGGAGUCAAACGAGAUAAUAGACACGAACCCUACUUCUCUCGGACGAGUGUCGUCUACAUUACUGGUGCGAGCGGCGUCGGGUGCGGGGGGCGCGAGGGGCGCGGGGGUCACGGAGUACUCCUGCUUAGCGGUAGCGGGUCUGAACACGCUUCGGGCCUCUACUAAAGUCUACAAUUCGAAUGGCAGCACUGACCUAUCAGAGCGCAGUAAGUUGCUUCCUUUCGCGCCACAGAUCCUUGUGACGUACAAAGUGUUAGCGGACUGCAUCGGGUGCAGCGUGGCGCUGCCGUGCCGCGCGCGCGGACAUCCGCGCCCCAAGAUCACCUGGCGCGACAGCACCGGCCGGCUCGUAGGCAACGACCCCAGGAUGAAGGUGCUACGUUCGGGCGAGUUAGUAAUAUCUUCUCUGCGCUGGACGGAUCUUGGGGAGUUCACUUGCCGCGCGACGAACAUGUUCGGGAGCACGCUCUCCACCACCUUCGUUUACCCCGCACGACCUGAAUAAAUCCCCUGAGAGAAGAUUAAGUAUACUUAACAAGAAUGUUCCUGUAAUUAGUUUAAGGGCUUUGCACACUAAAUUGUGAAACGCUGCGUUAUUCUAUCGUUGCCAGAAUUAAGAUAAAAAUAUGUAAAGGAAUUAUUAACAUCGAAAUUGCUGUGAUGUUAUUGUCUGUUUAUUUCUAACAGUGUAAGUGAGACGACAAUAUCAAUAGAAGUGCCAAAAUGCAAUUAAAUCUGUUUAAAUUAUUUAGUACCAACAUAACUACAUAUAUGGUUUAGUGUUUACAAUAUUUUAAAGUUUACGUUCCGUUUUUGGUGACAUGUAAAUCUGUACUUAAAUAGUUAAGGUUUUUUUUUUAAAUUAAAGCUCAUGGAAACCUUUUGCGGCUGGACCGUUACUCUUUAAAUUAUUUAAAGCAUUGACGAUGUUUUUUUGCGACAAAAUUCUGCGUUUUUACGUGUGCAUGCCCUCCACUAAAGCGAUUCUAUUGUUAUUAUAUAGUAGUUUUUAGCUUUAGUAUACUUAAAUAACAUGUUUCAUAUGUCUUUUAAUAUGUUUAUUCAAAAAACAAUGAGAUAUUUGACCCCCUCCCAUGUAGAUACAAUGUAA